UUAAAUGUCAAAGUGAUAGCAUAGAUUUUAUGUACCUACAAAUUUAUUUAAUAGUAAUUUAACAUAACUAAACUGCGCUUGAUUUUGUCAAAUUGAGAUCUAACUAGCCUUUUUAAUCUUUUUAUCUUAAUACAGUUAAAAUAUCGUUACUGCUAUAAUGACCGCGUAGACUAUUUCAUCAAGUACAUAGGAGUUCAGGACAACUCCUAAAAUUGCUCGGAAUUUUGUGACCUGAAGAUUUGAAAUCUUUUCGCUUUGUCUCCGCUGGAUACUGACCCGACGGCAAAUAUGUCGGGUGACCACAAAACCUUGAUAAAAGGGAGCCCAUCCCAAUACGUGAAACUAAAUGUGGGCGGGACGUUAUUUUAUACCACCAUCGGAACUCUAACGAAGAGUGAUAACAUGCUCAGAACUAUGUUUAGUGGCAGGAUGGAAGUGCUUACUGACUCGGAGGGCUGGAUAUUGAUUGAUCGUUGCGGGAAGCAUUUCGGUACAAUACUGAAUUACCUGCGUGAUGGCACUGUGGCGCUGCCAGACACCUACCGUGAGAUCAUGGAGCUAUUGGCCGAAGCCAAGUACUUCCUCAUUGAAGAGCUGACCGAGUCCUGCCAGCAAGCAUUGCAGAAGAAAGAAAGGGAGGCUGAACCUAUAUGCAGAGUGCCCCUCAUCACAUCCCACAAGGAGGAGCAGCUUCUUAUCAUGUCUACUUCUAAGCCUGUUGUGAAGCUACUAAUAAAUCGUCAUAACAACAAGUACUCCUACACAAAUACGUCUGACGAUAACCUGCUGAAGAACAUUGAACUGUUCGACAAACUCUCACUACGCUUUAGUGGAAGAGUGCUCUUCAUCAAAGAUGUCAUCGGCUCAAACGAGAUAUGUUGCUGGUCAUUCUUCGGACACGGCAAGAAAUGUGCCGAGGUGUGCUGCACAUCCAUUGUCUAUGCAACUGAUAAGAAGCACACAAAAGUAGAAUUCCCGGAGGCUAGGAUUUAUGAGGAAUCCCUUGGCAUUUUGUUGUAUGAGAGCCGGAACGGGCCUGAUCAGGACUUGAUACAAGCGACGUCGUCGCGGGGCGCGGUCGGCGGCCUGUCGUGCACCAGCGACGAGGAGGAAGAGCGCUCCGGGCUCGCGCGACUCAGAUCAAAUAAGCAGAAUAAUCAGUCUUAGCGGUUACAGUCGGGCUUGGCGCGCCUUCGUAGCUCUAAACGGACGAACGUCUGAUACCAAGCCGGUUUCUUCUUGCCCUUUUGCUGGCUGCCGUGCUUUGGUCUUUAGGAAGUUGUAAGCUGCGCCCGUCUUACGGGCCCUUUCUACACCUUGUGAGCUCUCUUUGAGAUGUGAAUGCAGUGAGGAGGAAUGAAAGCAAAAGAGGCAAUUUUAUAUUCCAAAUAAACUUGUAAUUAUUUGAUGGACAAAUUUCUGUGUCUACAUGUCUUUGUGUUUAGUGAAUAUUAAGUAUAAAGAAAUAGUAUAUGUUAUGAAGAAAUAGUGCAAAAAGUGACAUAGACUAUUAUAAUUAUUGUAAAGUUCAAACAUAAAUAGUGUAAUGAAAUGUCCAGUAUACGAUUUUGAUUAAUUAUAGUAUGAGCUGUAUUUACAUUUUGUUGGAUGCUUUAGUGUGCAUGUUUGUUGUAAUGUAAUGAAAUCUUUUCCAUUUCACUGUAGGUGUUUUAAAGAUGUAUGUCUAGGUGUGAUGCCUUAUUUGAUUACUGUUACCCAGCCCCAGCACAAAGGAUGGGUGUACCGCUGUAAACUAUUACUUGUAGAUGGUUUACAAUUAUGACAUUGUAACACAUGUGACAACAACGUUACGAUAAACACGUCACAAUAAAGAGUCACAUGAACCCGUCGCCAAAAAGCUGCUCCCUUACAAAUCUUACAAUUAAAUUACUUACAUGUUACAUGAACUUGCAUGAAUAUUUACGUAACAUACCUAUAUCUGUCUGGUACAAGUUUUCGUUGCUAAUAAUUGUUAUACAAAGAUGCGCAUGUAACUCCUCUGGAGUUGUAGGCGUACAAAGCGUGCAGAUGGCGUGUAGGCUACGGAGACUGCUUAACAUCAGGCGGGCCGUAUGCUUGUUUGCCACCGAUGUAGUUUAAAAAAAAUAGAGUGAAUAGAAGCUUUGUAUAAUAAAACUUCUACUCACUAAUUUCUUUGUAUUACAAUUUCUAGCAACAAAACUAGUAACAGACAUAGAUAUUUCAUAGUAUUUCGUGGGUAUUGUUUCAGGUUGGUGUGACUUUAAAGUCGCCUUUACAUUGGUUAGACUGCAACAUUCAACAGUUGUUAAAAGUCUGGCUUUUGAAUGCGCGCAGACACGUAAAUGUAAACGCGCCCUUAUGCUAAGAGACCUCUUUCCAUACUAGCGUCGUGUGUAGCGUGGCGUCUAGUCAGCGCUAUGAAAAAUGGCGUCGCUGCGUCGCUGCGUACCUAGUUGCGCCAACGUCGCGUUGAGCAGCAGCUAUAGAGUUGACUAGACGCCCACGCUCGGGAGACGCUAGUGUGGGGCGUCUCUAAUGUUGUCAUCAAGUGUACAGUGGACUUCAGAUACAUAUGACCAUCCUUGUACAGAAGCAUAAAAUAUGUUGUACAGUCAAGUGUAAAAAUAUGGGUACGGGAACUUAAAAAUAUGUCCCACAGUUCUUAAUUCGCUGACAUAGGGGCUAUGGUGACCUAGUCCUAUUAUUUAUUCUGUGGCUAUGGGGCAUAUUUUUGAAUAUGAUUUGUGCUCCCAUAUUUUUACACUUGACUGUACAAGCAAUGUUCUACAUACCACAACAGUAUAAAUUAUAUGUUAAGCUUAAAUGUCACUUACACAGCUCAAAUGUAUUGCCAAAUGGAUGUUUAGAAAAUAAGGUCCUGUUCUUGAAUUUACUUAGCAACAGCUCACAUCUGCACCCAAAUGUUUGUAAGACAGUUUAUGCACUCAAAAUAAAUAAAAACUGGUAAAUAGUUUCGUAUAUAAAUUCAGUGCAAAAUAAAACAUUUUUUUUGGUUGUGUACUGCAAACUUGCCAGCAAAUAUAUGCUGAAUUGUCAAAUUGGCAUAAUCAUGAUUACAUUAGAUUCUAUUCACAGAAGUGUGACAGUGCCAGUGAUUACUGAUUAGUUGUAUAAUAUUUAACAAUGUUAUACCAUCAUAAGGCACAAUGUUAUGGAAUAAAUACCAACAUUACAUAGUCUAGUCGAUUUAUGUUUCAUGUUCUAAAAAGAUUUAUUAAAUAAAUAAUGUUAUGUAAGUUUUGGAAACUCGCCCUUCCAUAGUUCCUCUAUCUAUAGUAAUGUUUUGGACACGCAAACACAAUAAGAGUUGAUAAUUUUGCGCUGUUUGUGUGCGUUGUGGGAUGUGUUUGUGUCUAUAAAACUAUACAUGGGUGUUUAGGCGUAGAUGCAUGGUAGGGGCACAGUGUAAAAAGUGUACAGUGGACCGACAACUUUGGCGUGUACCGAGCUACUAACAAUGGCGAAUGUAUGCAGCUCGGGUGCGCGUACACCCCUCUCUCCUCGCACCCCGCACGAUUGCCCUGUCUAGACGGCUUCGUUGAACGACUGUAUUGUUUUAUAGACUGUGGUAAUAGCGCACUUUAAAACUGGUACCUUAUGGAUGUUUCAUUGAAACAGUGUAGAAUCCCUCACGAAAAUGUCCAAUUUGGUUUUCAGUCCAAUGCUGUGAAAUAUUAAUCUAAAAAUGAGUUCUCUUACUCGGAUCUAUAAUUAGAAUAUUAUAGUGGGUUGCUGGGUUGCACAAUAAAUGCAUUCAUAGAAUCGGACUUUUCAGUCGAAAGGUCCCUUUUUUGGUCGGAUGUCCAAUUUGGUUUUCAGUCCAAUGCUGUGAAAUAUUAAUCUAAAAAUGAGUUCUCUUACUCGGAUCUAGAAUUAGAAUAUUAUAGCAAUUAUAGUGGGUUGCACAAUAAAUGCAUUCAUAGACUCGGACUUUUCAGUCGAAAGGUCCCUUUUUUGGUCGGUUGUCAGUAAGGGCAUUAUCUAAUUAAGUCUUUAUGCCGAUUAGCAAAGAAAAUUGAUUGUAAUAGAGAGGUAAAGUCUAAGAAAAAACGUGCCCCUUAGUUUGACAUCCAGAAGAGAUGGCGCUGUACUGCGCCAUGUUUUGCGGUCACUGAAUCGUCAAAUAUCAACUUUUGACAAUCAGUGUUACCGCAAAAUGUAUGGUGCUAGAUCAUUAUUUUAUUAAUUAACAUAAACCAAAUUCUAACUUUGGUUAACACUCCCUUUGUUUAUGUUCUUGGUUCUUGCUAAGUUUAUGAAAGAUUUUAAUAUCAAGCUCUAACUCCUUUCAAAUGUUUUUUCUGUUAUAUUUCAAACUUUCCCCUAAGGUUUCCUUAAAAAAAAAUUAUAAUCUUGGCAGUUGGCUUAUUACUUUCUAUUGGUUUUUCUAGGCGCCCCUUUUUUCUUUUUUUAUUCCUAUAGAAGUUUAGAUUCUUCAACUGAUCAAGCAUCUACACGAACUGGAUCAAGAUCUGCUACUGAAACUCUGCUCCCACAACCUUGAUGCUUUCAAAAUUGUCCCAAUGGACAGAUGCCAUAAGAACUAAGAACUGAACUGAACUGUAUGGAGCUGUACAGCGCCAUCUCGUUCACCUGUUAAAUUGGAAGCACGAAUUUGUAUUAGAUUUUACGCAUCUUAAUCAAUAAAUAGUUGUGAAUAGUAGAAGAGGUAUAGUCUAGGGAAAAGUGCUCCUAAUUUGUCGCUGGACGGCCCCUGGCUAUACGUUAGUUCUGGUUGUCAAAAGUUGACGCUUGAGAGGUCUAAUACCACUAAACAUGACGCCAUCUAGUUCAGUUGUCAAACUCGGGGGCACGUGUUUCCCUCAGACAAUAACUUUCUGGCCUUAAUCGAAAAAGUGGUUACUUUUUAGGCUAAUAGGGUCAGAUUCUAUCAAAAUAAUGAAAGCUUUUAUUCUGUAACUGUUCACACUUGUAUAAUCUAUUGUAAUUCCAUUGGUGUACGUAAAUUGAACUACCUAUUGUAUAAAAUCUGUUCUAUUUAAAAACAUAUAAUUAUUAUGAAGUAAUUAUAUGCUCACUAUUUAUCUGUC